ACAAUUCAACGAGGAAGAAAAAGACCCGGAAGUGAGCUUUGUUGUUUUUCUGGGGCGGGAAAGACUAGCUAGGAAGAAGGCAAAGUGCACGCAGGUGAGAUGCCAUUCAAAAGAGAAGUUGUGGCCCGGCCUGCCUUCUCUCCAGUUCUCUUCAUGACUGUGGAGGGUGAACCGAUGAAUUUCUUCCUGCGACCUGGUCCCAUCAAACGCAAACUCCAGCCGCUCAUCUCGGCUGGAGGAGGAAUGUUGUGCAACGUCCAGCAACCAGGAGCAAUACUGCUGACUGAUCCUGAGGACAGAAGUGUCAUUCCUGAAUCCACUGCGCACUGGUACGUGUCCACCCAGUAUAUUUAUGACUGUGUUGAGAAGAAUGAACAGUUGAAUUUAGAGGACUACAGGCUAAAUCCUGAAAAGGUCCAAAGACAUUCUACUAGACUCAGCAACAGCAAAAACAGCUCACCUCAAGUCACAGGAGGCAGAAGUGCCUACACUCCUGAAGAAGAUGCUGCCAUUUUAAAUUAUGUCAGCAAGCACAAGACAGGGACUGGGGGAAACCGGCUUUGGCAAGAGAUGGAGAAACAGCAUGUGACCGGUCACACCUGGCAGUCGAUGAAACACCGCUACAAAGCACAACUGGCUAAGAAACAGACAGCCGCUGUGGAGGCGGAAAAGCCAGAAGGCAGUAAGACAGCAGAAGAAAAGACAGAGGUGGAAGAGCAUCAAGAGACAGAUGUUCAGAAAUCUUCAUGUGAAGAAGAUGUUUCAGAAACAGACCUAACACAGAUCGAUGUCCAGUUAGUACAAACAGGAAGCACGCCAGAAAAUGUAGACCAAGAGGAAGAGCAGCAUGUGAGUCAGAAAACAGAUAAACAACAAACUGAAAGCAAACAAUCAGAAACUCUAGAAGCUGAAGUGUCUCAGUCUUUUCAAACUGUGCCGCCAUGUGCGGACCUACAGGCAGAGACCCAGCUGCUGACCACAGACGCAGAAAGAGGUGAACCUCAGCCUCUCUCCCCACAAAAACAAAGUUUGUCAGGGGAUGACUCCACACCAGCUCAGCCUGAGCCCACGCCCAAAUGUUCCUCAUCAGAAAAGCCAAAAGAGAAGCAGAAGGCCUCCCCGGUGCUGGAACAACCGUCGCGUCGAAAGACUCGCAGGCAGCUUGAGCUUGAACCGUACGGCAAAAAACUCAGGUCAUCAUCAACCCAAGCAGUGCGAACCACAUCAUCUCCCCAGCCCCUGAAAAAAACUAAGUCUGCUCUUCAAAAAGAUACGACCACAGACCAGCCGCUUCCCAAGAAAGCCAGAGGAAAAACUCUGAGAGCAGACGUUGAGAGUGACGAGGAGCAGAGUACACCCGCAGCCAUAUCUAAAACAAUACAAGCAGAUGAAACCGAUCCAGUGCCUCAGAAAGGAGAAAAGAAGAAAGAGAAGAGAAAGUUGGGGAUUCUCGAAUUGGCAACGAAGGAGUUUGAAGAUGACAGUGAGUCUGAUGAUCUCGAAGCUCCAGAUCUCCAAAACCCUGCACAAACAGCAGCUACAUCGACCUCCCUUCAUCCUCCGCCUGCAGACACAACUCUGGAUCCUGGUUCCAAACAGUCCUGCACUAAACCUGGACCCACUGAGACCCCUCUGAGUAAUGUGGAACAGGCCCAGGCCACUAGCAACAACUGUGCAGCCGAGAAAAGCUGCCUGCCUCCAGCUGCUGAGCCUGUAGUGUCUGAGGCUGUCGGUACAACCUCCAAGGCCCACCUGUUCAUAUUCGACAGUGAAUCUCAGGAAGACGACCCUCAGUCUGUCAUCGGUGAGCGUCCAGCAGCUCCUUCAGAACCACAGCCAACAGUGAACAAAGACGCUGCAUUUUCUCUGACUCAGGACCUGUUAGAGGAGGACAAGCUGCGAAUCAGAGACCUCAUGAACCAGACAGAUAAGGACUUAAUUAGUGUGACCAAAGCUUUACUUAAGACCAGCGGAGACGUUUCUGCUGCAAAAGACCUGCUCUUGAAUCCCACCUCCAUUUCUGGACCAUUUUGGAAUCGCUGUGACGACAGACUUUUGCUCUCGGCUGAGCCUCGCGGCAUCCAACGGCUGCAGGAGAAAUACGGCGAGGAGAACGUGGCCAAGAGAAUCGUGUUUCUCGAGGUGGAGGGAUGAAAUAAGACAGAUAUAAGACAUAAUGUCAUCUAUUACUAUUUGCACUUACACUGUGCAAAGAAUGAACUGGUUAGUUGAUACCGAUUGAGUUUAAAUUCUCACUUCUGUUUCUCAGUUGUCACCCGCAACAGCUCCUACUCGGCUAAAUCUAAACUUUUAUUCAAAAAUUGCAUAAAAGACGUGCCAUGACUUUUAUUUCUCUUUAAAAACACAAUUUUUAAGCAUUUUUAGAAAGAAAAUAUGUUUAAAUAAGAUGAGUUUAUUAAAAACACAUCUUUUGUGUUUUUAAUGUUACUUUUACUAUGUUUACUCCCAUUAAACUGUAUAAUAAAUAUUUAAACAUCACACAAGAACACACGAGUGCCAUUUUUAAAUAUAUGGUUUGUUUGUUUGUUUUAAACUUUAUCUGCAGAUCAUAUUGCUCAGAAUUAAAGAACUGCAGUUUAAUCUGGUUGAGUAUUGGUGAUAUGAUGUUCUCUGUGACUAGUUUGAAUAAAGUAAUUUCAUGAUCA